CCUCCUCCGCUCCCCCUCCUUCCCCCCCUUCCCUUCCGAAGAGGCAGAGCCUGGCUCGGAGAGGCAGCGACAAGUUCCGGGACUACACAACUAUUUUGAGAGAACAUCCUCCCUGAAGAGGGAAUAGACAAAGAAACAUUUUUGCAAAAAAAGACCUUGGUGUAUCCCAUGAACGAAACAGCAGAUCUCGUAUCGGGGUGCAACAGUACUCCGGAGCCAGUUACUCGGCUCAGAAAAGGUUACCAAUCUGAUGUUUCAGGAAAAGGUCAUAAUGAUAACCACCAAGGAGAAGACUUGGGGCCCGAUUUAGCGGCAUCUAUUCCCUGUUCCCACUUCAAAAAUAAGUCUGAGGAGCAUGACUGCAAUCAUGGACAAUCUCAGGAAGAUGAGGGAUUUAUGGCCAUGUCCCCCCUUUUACAAGCUCACCAUGCCAUGGAAAGAAUGGAGGAAUUUGUGUGUAAGGUAUGGGAAGGCCGAUGGAGGGUUAUUCCUCAUGACGUACUGCCCGACUGGCUAAAAGACAACGAUUUCCUUUUGCAUGGGCACAGGCCCCCUAUGCCUUCCUUUCGAGCUUGUUUCAAGAGCAUCUUCAGAAUACACACAGAGACGGGCAACAUCUGGACACACCUCUUAGGUUGUGUUUUCUUCCUAUGCCUGGGAAUCUUCUACAUGUUUCGACCAAACAUCUCCUUUGUGGCUCCAUUACAAGAGAAAGUAGUUUUUGGAUUAUUCUUCCUGGGAGCUAUUCUCUGCCUUUCCUUCUCAUGGCUCUUCCACACUGUUUACUGCCACUCAGAAGCAGUUUCCCGCAUCUUCUCCAAACUGGAUUAUUCUGGCAUUGCCCUCCUGAUCAUGGGAAGUUUUGUUCCUUGGCUUUAUUAUUCCUUCUACUGUAAUCCACAACCCUGCUUCAUCUACUUGAUUGUCAUCUGUGUGCUGGGGAUUGCAGCCAUCAUUGUCUCCCAGUGGGAUAUGUUUGCUACCCCUCAGUAUCGGGGGGUGAGAGCAGGAGUGUUUCUGGGCUUGGGCCUAAGUGGGAUCAUCCCUACACUGCACUAUGUAUUUUCGGAGGGAUUCCUGAAGGCCGCCACUAUUGGACAGAUAGGCUGGCUGCUGCUCAUGGCCUGCCUGUACAUCACUGGAGCUGCACUCUAUGCUGCUCGGAUCCCAGAGCGCUUCUUUCCUGGAAAGUGUGACAUCUGGUUUCACUCCCAUCAACUCUUUCACAUCUUUGUGGUUGCUGGGGCUUUUGUGCACUUCCAUGGUGUCUCAAACCUCCAGGAGUUCCGUUUCAUGAUUGGUGGGGGCUGCAGUGAGGAGGAUGCAUUGUAAAACCUACCAGUGUCCCUGGAUCAUAACCCCAAACCAGGGCCAGCAGCAGCUGUGAUCCACACUGACUGGCCAUUGAUGCAAAACACCAGAAAGAGCCCUGCAACUUUGAGACCCAUUUGGGCAUCGAGGCUUCCCAGGGGCUGGACAUGGUACACGCUAGAGAAGAGAAAAACAAAAAUAAAUCAUACCUCAAAGGAUGGAGUGCAUCAAUUUGGAGAAAAAGAGAUACACAUUCAAACUUAACUUAUUCUUAGGAAUCUACAGAUUGAGGGCCAUGGAGGACCCUUGGCAAACUGGCUUCUGUUCAAUGCCAUAUUUAUUUGUAGAAGAUGGGGGCAUCUUAGUUGGCCGUUCUUCCCUUCCCUCCUCUCCCCUCCCCUCCUCUUCUCCCAUUCUUUCCCCUUCUUUCCCCUCCUCUUCUUUCCCCUCUUCUCUUCCUUCCCCACUCCCCUUCCCUUUUUUAAAUCAACCACAACUUGGGGUAAACAUUUUUAUCUUGCUAAGGGGCAGGGGUGUGAUUUUAGAUGCUCUUUUGGGAAAACAAAGACAUUAAUGUAAAUAAGAUUUCUAACUUUCUGUUUAAAUAAGAAUUUAUAUAAAUGUUUAAAACAUGGGGGUGGGGUGGGGAAUUUUUGUAAAGAAUGAAACAUGCAAGUACCACACACUGUUUCAAUUUUGCACAAAGGAGACUGAAGUACUCGGUGAGAACCCUAUCACAAACAAUACAUUAAUGGUAUCAAGGUGCCUCUCUAAAGGCUUGAAUACCUCGGGCUAUAUAAUGAGACAGAAGCUUUGGCAGGCCUAGCCCAGUAGUCUAGUGACUACUCUUAUACCUGGGAUUCUUGGGGCAAUGAACUAGAGGGUUAUUGUAUGUGUCUUUUUAGUGGGAGCAACAUGUAAAUGGACAUGAUAGUGUGAAAAGGUCCAGAAGUACCCAUCUGCUCAAAGUUUGGAUGCCUUUUGUGGGAUCCUGCUUUCUUAUCUUAGCAGAUGCUAUAAAUGACACUUUAAAGAACUAAAAUCACUUAUUUGAGAAAGGGUGUUUAGGGCUGCACUCAAGCAAUAUAUGUAAGGGCUGUAGGAGAUGAUGGGUAGAAAAGCUUUGGAUUUAACACUGGGGCAAUGUGAGUAAUUUCCUGGUAACCUGUCUGAUAUGUGUGGUAUUACUUAUCUUUGGAUGAUGAGCUACAUCAGUUUCCUAUAUCCUUUCUCUAGGAGACACUUAAAAAACCCUUCUAUAUUGAAAUCACUGCUCUAAUUCUACCUUUCUUCCCACUGAGAGUGAGUACUUCUCCCUGAUGUCUUGGUUGAUAGAAUAAAGCCAGCCAUCAAACCAGGCUUCAUCUUGCCCUGGUGCCUCUUAUACUCAUUUGCAUAAGUUGUGAAUACCCUUCAAUUUAUAAAGAUGGUUUUUUUUAACCUUUGGCAUACUUCCUUUCUUGGGUCCCUUUCUUGAAGAGGAAAAUCAGCCAUACCAUCUUAAAUCCAAGUUUAAUACCCCACUUUCCCUCCUGGGGAACAACUUGGCCCCUGUCUUCAGUACUUGUUAAGCCUCUAUUUUUAGGGGAUUAUAAGAGGAAGCUUGUUUGGGAGAUUGUAUAGGAUCUUUGGGAUAAUGUCCUAAAAAGCAAUUUGAAAGAGAAAAAAAAAUUAUUUAUGACUCCUCUUCUGGCAUGAGUGGUGCCAAGGAGAGUAGUUAAAGUUCUAAGAAACUGGGGCUUCAGUUUCCAAGUAAAUUCUGAAGUGACUUGUUUAACAGAUAGAAAUCUUAAAUUAGUUAUAACCUUGGGAUCAUGGGUAUUGGAACCAAAUGAUGAGACACCAAGCAUAGCAGCUAGCUUUCUGUAUUGAUGUUCAGUGAAACAGGAAAGACUCAUUUGAUAGAAAGUUUUUUUCUGUGUAAUUUUGCUCUCCUCUUCCCUUCUGACUCCUGGAUCUCUGAAGAUGCCUUAUAUAAAGUGACCAGAAACUGGAGGCCAAGGAGAAUGGAUCCAUGGUAGGACUUGGGAAAGGAUUAAAAGUAUUUGGUUCUGGGUGAGGUCAUUGCCCUGUGUGCCACCAGUUCUGAGCACAGAAAGCUCAGGUGAAUGGCAUAUGUCCUGAGGGGAUGAAGAGCAGUAUUAAUCCCUCUGAGGAAAUGGGAUCCAUCAGGACUAGAGCCACCUGGGAGGAAGCUCAGUCAGUUUCAUGGAAGCAACAGUACAUGACAGAAGCCUGAUAAGUUCUUCUGUAAUGCACUUUGGGUUACAGUAUAACAGGCCCCUGUAUCACAUAGUCACUGGUGCCAGUUACCCUGGGCACCUUAAAAGGAGGAAGGUGAGCCUGGUCUGAUAGAGCACAAAUCCCUGGGGAAAAAAAGUUAAAAACUCUACCUAUUCUCAAUCCAUUGGAAGCUCUCCCUCAUUAGGGGAUGUGUGUGUGUGUGUGUGUGUGU